UAGAGCUAUAAGCUAAAGCAAAAAGCUCGUCGCUCAUUUCUACAAUUUACAAUCAACACCAAAGUUUGUUAUGAAUCGUGACUAUUGUCUUGUUAGAUAUUUUAUAAAAUAAAUCAAUAAUACUCCUAUUUGAUUUUUUCUAUCUGUUUUUGUUUCGUAUUUCCUAACUUGCGCACACUUUUUCCCAAAGAUUGUUGAAUAAGGAUAUGUUCCAAAUACAGGGAAAUUUUUUAUCUAGACUUUGAAACUUUCAUAAUUUAAAAUGUGGUGCUUUCUCUAUUCAAUGUUAUAAAUAAAUAUAAAUAAAUAGUCUAUUUUCACGUAUCUUGGACAAAAACAAUCGCAAUUCUUGUUUAAUUGAAAUUAAGCAUUAUUUUCAAUUGAGAAAACCUUAAGCGGAGAUGAUAAGUAUUUAAUUCUACAAAACGUGGUUCUCGAAGAUGUAAUAAUAAAAUAGUCAUCUUCAUGUGAGCAGAAAAGUUGUUUAAACAAAAGCUCUUAUGUUCCUCAUUGGUGCAUAUUCAUAAGUAACCUUAUUAGUGUAAAAUGUGUGAAGUCUAUAAUACAGAUGAGUGUAAUUUGAAUGAACCAGAGUGUAAUUUAAAUGAACAAGAGUGUAAUUUAAAUGAACAAUCUCUUGUUCCUUCUGGAGAGAGACCAUAUGUAUGCAGUGUGUGUAAUAGGUCUUUCAAUUGGAAAUCUAAUUUAAACCAACAUUAUUCUGUUCAUUCUGAUGAAAAGCCUUAUUCAUGCAAUGUGUGUGAUAAAAGAUUCUCCCAGAAAUAUUACUUAACUAAACAUUCACUUGUCCAUAAGGCAGAGAAGCCUUACUCAUGUGCUGUGUGUGAUAAAAAAUUCUUACGAACGGACAGUCUGCAUGCACAUUCUCGUAUUCAUACUGGAGAGAGGCCUUAUUCAUGUAAAGUGUGUAAUAAAGCUUUUACUAUGAAAUCUUAUUUAAAUGAACACUCCCUCAUUCAUACUGGAGAGAAACCAUAUUCAUGUAGUGUGUGUGUUAGAUCUUUCUCAAGGAAAUCAGAUUUAAAUAGGCACUCUCUUGUUCAUAUUGGUGAAAAAAUCUAUUCAUGCAGUGUGUGUAAUAAAUCUUUCACACACAAACGUGGUUUAAAUAAACAUUAUGUUGUUCAUACUGGUGAAAAGCCUUAUUCAUGCAAUUUCUGUGAUAAAACAUUCUCGCAGAAAACUAAUUUAAAUCUUCAUUAUCCUGUUCAUAGUGGUGAAAGGCCUCAUUCAUGCAGCGUGUGUGGUAAAUCUUUUGCACAUAAACGUAGCUUAAAUAAACAUUAUGUGGUUCACACUGGAGAAAAGCCUUAUUCAUGUAACGUGUGUGAUAAAUCUUUCACACAGAAAGCUAAUUUAGAUAAACACCAUCGUGUUCAUAUUGGGGAGAAACCUUUUUCUUGCAGUGUGUGUGGUAAAUUUUUCACACAGAAAUCUAAUUUAGAUAGACAUUCUCUUGUUCAUACAGAGAAAGACUUUAUUCAUAGUGUGGGUAAUGUGUGAUAAAACAUUCUUGGUUUGAGCUACCCGUUUAAAUGUACAUUCUCGUUUUUAUGUUGGAUCAACUACAAGAUUUCCCUAGUUUUUACACAUUUUCAGUGGUAACCAUAGUAAAUACAAUAUUUCAAUUUUCAGAAACAAUUGUACAAGUUAAAAAUAUUGUAUGAAUCUAUACGUAUUUCGUAGAAAUUUAAAUAAA